AUGCUAUUCGCAACAAUCAUCGAAGCAUCUUAUAUAAAAAUCUGGGUUAUUUUUGGGACAAGGGUUAUGCUCGGAAUUGGUGCAGGUUUCAUGCAAUCUACUGCACCCAGUCUUAUAACAGAUGUUGCCCAUCCUAGGUAUCGUGCUGCCGUCACAUCCCUGUACCAAACGGGGUGGUACUGGGGCGCUGUCUUGUCUGGUGUUAUGACCAUUGGUAUGCUUUCGGUCAAUGGAGAAUGGUCUUUCAGAUGGCCGUUUUUGUUGCAGGCCUUGUUCCCAACUAUCCAGUUGAUAGCCCUUUGCAUUAUACCCGAAAGUCCCCGAUGGCUUGUGGCCAAGGGCAGACAGGAGCAAGCUUUGGCUCUGCUGGCUGAUUAUCAUGGGAAUGGAGACAAGAAUAACCCACUGGUGCAGCGGGAACUGCAGGAUAUGGUUGCUAACAUUUCACGAGAGGCCGCCAUGAAAGACCAUGCCGGGUGGAAGGCAUUUUUCAAGACCAGAGGCAACUUGCACCGCUUCGCAAUUUGCGUGUUUAGUGGUAUCAUAAGCGAGUGGGUUGGAAACUGUGUUAUCACAUUCUACCUCGCGCCAGUUCUCAUAUCUAUCGGUGUCGACAAUCCUAGGGCACAAGCAUCAGUCAACCUUGGUCUACAACUUUGGAAUGCAGCCACAUCUGCGUGCGGCGCUUUGUUAUCGACACGCUUUGGUCGCCGAACACUCUGGAUGAGCUCCAUCUCAGUUAUGUUCUUUUUCUUCUCAUUGAUUACCUGCUUUUCAGGUCUUUUUAUUGAGCGGCACCUGAUAUCGGCAGGUGUGGCUGUUUUGCCAAUGCUGUUUCUCUUUUACGCAGGCUACAACUUGGCCUGUUCUACCAUUUCCGUCGCCUAUGCGUUGGAUAUAUUGCCAUUUUAUUUACGGUCAAAAGGAGUCUCACUUUUCUUUACCGUGGAUGCUGCUGCAGCCUCGCUCAGUCAAUACAUCAACCCAAUCGCAUUCAACGCUUUGAGCUGGAAAUUUUACUUUGUAUAUCUUGGCUGUCUCUUUUCAUUUCUCUGGGUUGUCUAUUUCCUCUUUCCAGAAACCAAGGAUUGUUUGCGGGAAGAGAUUGCGGUCAUUUUUGAUGGUCCCAAAGCUGCGGCGGACAGCGACAUGAUUCUUCUCCGGAACAACAGUGUCCAAACCGAGACGGAUGAAGAGAAAGGGCUUUGA